GCUGAACGCCUCGCACAGCAGGAAGGCGCUGAGGAACUCCCGCCUCGUCAGCCAGAAGGACGACGUCCACGUCUGCAUCAUGUGUCUCCGCGCCAUCAUGAACUACCAGUCUGGCUUCAGCCUGGUGAUGAACCACCCAGCCUGUGUCAAUGAGAUCACCCUGAGCCUCAACAACAAGAACGCCAGGACCAAGGCGCUGGUGCUGGAGCUGCUGGCCGCUGUCUGCCUGGUCCGGGGUGGCCACGACAUCAUCCUGGCUGCCUUUGACAACUUCAAGGAGGUCUGCGGGGAGAAGAACCGCUUCGAGAAGCUGAUGGAGUAUUUCCGAAACGAGGACACCAACAUUGACUUCAUGGUGGCCUGCAUGCAGUUCAUCAACAUCGUGGUGCACUCGGUGGAGAACAUGAACUUCCGCGUGUUCCUGCAGUACGAGUUCACCCACCUGGGGCUGGACCAGUACCUGGAGGUGGGUGAUCCUACCCUCCGUCUCACCGAGAGCGACAAGCUGCAGGUGCAGAUCCAAGCCUACCUGGACAACGUCUUUGACGUGGGGGCCAUGCUGGAGGACUCGGAGACCAAGACGGCC